GUCUGGUACAUGGACGGUUACUACAAAGGUCGCCGCGUCUUGGAAUUCCGCACCUUGAACGACUUCAUCACGGGUCAGAACUUCGUCCAACACCUCUUACCGCACCCCUGGGCCGGGACGGGCCACGUAGUUUUCAACGGUUCCCUCUACUACAACAAAUACCAGAGCAACAUCGCCGUCAAAUACCACUUCCGAUCCCGCAGCGUCCUGCUCCAGCGCAGCCUGCCCGGCGCCGGCUACAACAACACUUUCCCCUACUCUUGGGGUGGAUUUUCCGACCUGGAUUUCAUGGCGGACGAAAGCGGCCUUUGGGCCGUCUACACCACCAACCAAAACGCCGGCAACAUCGUGCUGAGCCGCCUGGACCCCCACACGCUGGAGAUCCUCCGCAGCUGGGACACGGGUUACCCCAAACGAAGCGCCGGCGAAGCCUUCAUCAUCUGCGGGACGCUCUACGUCACCAACUCCCACCUGGCCGGCGCCAAGAUUUAUUUCGCCUACGACACCGGCACCUCCAGUUACGAGUACACGGAUAUUCCCUUCCACAACCAGUAUUCCCACAUCUCCAUGCUGGACUACAACCCGCGGGAAAGGGUCCUCUACACCUGGAACAACGGCCACCAGGUCAUCUACAACGUCACCCUCUUCCACCUCAUCCAGACCUCGGGGGAGCUCUAA